AUGUCCGCCAACGAUUAUUACGGCAAUGGUAACAGUGGCUACGGCCAACAGGGUGGUUAUCCUCAGCAACAGAACUAUGGCCAACCUCAAGGCUAUCCUCAGCAGGGCGGCUAUCCCCAACAGCAGCAGUACUCCCAGCAACAACAACCUCAGGGUUAUGGCUACAGCCAGCAGCAGCCUCAAUAUUCCUCCCACUCGCCUCAGCCCAGCUACGGCUCGCAAGCCCCUCCCCAGCAGCAGUACGGCCAACAGCCCACCUACGACCAGCGCGGCUCAUCGUCCUAUCCUCAACAACAGCACAACAACCCUCAGUAUGGCGCCCCUGCUUAUCCUCAGGGAGGCGCUCCUGGACAAUACCCUCCAGGCCAGCCUGGCCCCGACGGUGAUCGUGGUCUAGGAGCUACUCUCGUCGGUGGAGGUGCCGCUGCUUGGGCUGCGCACACAGCCGGUGGUGGACUUCUAGGCAGUCUCGGAGCUGCUGCUGCUGGUGCCAUCGGUGCCAAUGUGCUCGAGAACAAGUUCAAGAAGGGCAAGAAGGACAAGAAACACAAGAAGGACAAGAAGCACAAGUCCCGCGGCAUGGACAGUAGCUCCAGCAGCAGCGAUUCUGACUAA